AUGGCAGAGAACAUCAGCAGGAGGCCAAUUACAACUGGGCUGGAUUUAGUGAUCAUCAAGCAGCUCUCACAACUCUUUAUAGAGUUUCAUGUAGAGAACCAUACUAGCUCAGUGUUCUUUCUGAAAUUUGCAUUCAAAGAUUUACAAAAUGUAAUCCCUGAAAAUAAUCAACCAAUCCUCAAAGUGAGAGUCCUGCCGAAUUCUGUCAUGAAACUGAGCCAGCUCAACAUUAAAGGCUCUUUCUCAUACAAAUACCAGUUCGCUUACCAGAAGCUCAAUGAAAAUCCAGAAAUCAAAGAAAUUGAAAUUGAUGCAGGCUUGGUUUUGCGAACAAUUCAAGUCGACACAGAGCAGAAGGUCACUUUUUACCUCAUCAGCCAGAGGUUUGAGCAGACUAAUUUUGAGUUGACUUUUACUGAACUUGAAGGAAUAACAGUUAACGAAAAUUCGGUUACAUACAAAAUCGAGUUAGCCCCAAAAUCGACAGGAAAAGUAUGUGCUUUGAUAUUCAAUGGAGAAUGGUCAUAUAAAUACUCUUACAAGUAUUGGUAUACAGCAGCACCUGUUGAUCUCGGACCAAUAAGACAAAGGCAAGGGCAGGAAACUUUGGAAUUCAAGUCGAGGCUAUAUAACGUGGAUGCAGAUUUAUUAUCUAUUCAAGAAGUUGAAAAAGAAAUCAACACGAGGUUUACUGAUCCUUAUUUCCCUCCAAGUGACUAUUCAAUCUAUGGGACUUCACAGGUGCAAGCCAAACAAGAUAUCCAAUGGGCAAGGCCUGAAGAGUUUAUGUAUGGGACAAUUUCGCUUUAUCAAAAUAGUAUCAAUAUGAGCGACAUAAUUCAAGGAGAACUUGGGGACUGCUGGCUGAUGUGCGCUUUAUGUGCAUUAUCUGGAGAAGAAGACCGAAUAAAAGAUAUUAUUGUAAAUAAAGAAACAAGUCCUAAAAGUGUAUACCAAAUUUCUCUGCAUAAGAAUGGGGAGCCUGUGACUGUGACAAUCGAUGAUUAUUUCCCUUGCAAGCCUGGAGCUCAGCCGAUUUUUAGUAGAAACCACGGGUCAGAGCUGUGGGUGCUACUACUAGAAAAAGCAUAUGCAAAGCUUCAUGGAUCUUAUUAUGCACUAAAGGCAGGAUUUGCGAGUGAAGCUGUAAUUGACUUGACAGGGUGUGCAGCUGGAACUUAUAGGCUGAGUACUAUAGAAAAUUUGUGGGAAAAAUUGCUAAAAUGGAGCCAAGGCGGCUAUAAAUUAGUUGCAGGGUCUGGCAAGGCCACUACAAGAAAAGAUAUUGUUUCAAACCACUACUAUUCAAUUACAAGGGUUGAAGAUAUUGAAACUGCAAAAAUCAUACAGCUAAGGAACCCAUGGGGAGACUAUGAAUGACUUGGGGAUUGAAGCGACACUUCUGAGUUGUGGACCCCUGAGCUAAAAGAAAGGCUUAACGCCAAGUUUGACUUGCAUGACGGUUCUUUUUGGAUGAAUCUUGACGACUUCUCGUCAAUCUUCAGUCAGUUGAUGGUCACAAACCUAAAAAAUGAAAUAGACUAUCGAUUCAAAACGAUCAUUGAGAGGAGGUACGGAGCAGCCAAAUGUAAAAGUUACUGGGAAAUCACAGUUAAUCACCAAGGAACUAUAAUCAUUGGAGUCCACCAGGAAGAUGAAAGAUGCGAAGGGACAAAAGAGUAUAGAAGGUACAUUGAUAUUGGGCUAUGCGUUUUAAAGAGAAAUGGAAAUCGCUUGGAGUUUAUUGGAUCCACACAAGGAAACCAAUCUCAUCGUGAUAUCUUUUGGGAAGGGAAUUUGGAUGAAGGAAAUUAUAUUGUAAUUUUAUUAAGCACAGGGCUAAGUCUGCGAAGGCCACAUGACGCGAAAAAGAGAAUGUUCCCGCUAGCAAUCAGCAGCACUGACCUGCACCCAAUCGUUCGAUCAACGCUAAAAGACAUUUUCAGGAAAUUUUCGCUAAAUAUACAAAAUUCCUAUAAGCCAAGUGACAUUGAAGAAAUUUUCAAUAAACCAGAGUUCCUUCCUCUAUGGCGGCACAUGAGCAACUCUGAGUCAAUUUCAUCUAAAUUUUUCUGCAAUUCAUUUCUUUCUCUUAUUGACGAAGCUGGCGACAAAGUUGGUGAAGGUAUAAUUCAAAACUGAGGGUAUGAUGAAGACUUCUAUAGUGUUUUUUCUAAGCCUGUUGUUGUUUCAAUACAAUCAGAAACUCAAUACGAAGUUGUAAUGCAAGAAUUAGACACAAAAAUGCAAGAUGAAGCAUGACAGAGUUACAUGCACUAUGUAGGAGUGAUCAAGACUGAUGAAGACAAUCUUCAAAUAAGAACUUUGCCACACUCUGAUGGAUGCUCACUUAUGGCAAUCAAUUUGAACUCAAUCCCUAUCAAAGUUUCAAUAGAUAUGAAAAAAGCAACAAAUAUUGACUGCACAGGCGGACUGGAAAUGGAGUUUACGUUGGACCCAUUUCAAUGUAAUGUGUUUCAACAUAUUCAGUGCCAAAGAAAUAAGGACUGGUUCACUUAUCCAUUCACUUAUACAAUUGCUUAUGUUGGAGACUAA